AACUUAACCCUUAUUUCAAUUCUCUCUUUCCUCCUCCAUCACCACCAUGUCCGGCGGAAAACGACGGAGGAUCAACGCCAAUUUUGAAGAUCUUCCAAAUGAAAUUGUAUAUGAUAUUCUUUCUAGAUUACCCAUCUCUUCGUUAGUACAAUUCAAAUGCGUAUGCAAAUCUUGGCGCACCUUAACCCAAGAUCCUAAUCUUGUUUCUCAUUAUCUUUCUAGUACAAUCAAGAAAGAUCCUUGUUUAGUUCUUCACGGCCAUUUUCCUAUCCGAAACCAGCUUUACUUUAUAGAUUUUGCUGCGGACCAGGAGAAGGACAAAGUUAAGAGAUUAAACGCGCCGUUUUCUCCUGUAAUGCCGGAAUUCGACGUGGUAGGCUCAUGUAAUAGUUUGCUUUGUUUAGCUGACUCGUUGUAUCAUGAUUCUGUGUAUAUUUAUAAUCCUUUUUCAAGAAAUUACUUAGAGUUACCGAAAUCUUUAAACUAUUUAGACCAAGAAGUGGUUUUCGGGUUCGGAUUCGAUCCCAAAAGCUAUCAGUACAAAAUAGUAAAGAUUAUUUACUACAGAAAUGGCCAUGGCGGCGGCGGUCAUCCUCGUGCUCGAAGACUUGUUUACACACAAUCAGAAGUUCAAAUUUUAACUCUCGGCGACCGUGAGUGGCGGAGUUUAGGUAAAAUAGCUUAUCAGCUUGUUCGGCCAGCGGAGGCUUUAGUUGGUGGAAGACUUCAUUGGGUAAGCAGAAUUAUAAGGUACAAUCCAGUUCGGAGGAUAAUCUCAUUUGAUUUAGCGGAUGAGAAAUUCGAGGAGGUUCAAAAGCCGGAGUGGGGUCGCCUGGGUGAGCGGAGUUAUAAUCUUGUGGUGUUAAAAGGGUGCCUCUCAGCUGGGGUUUAUUGUUAUGAUGAAAGAAUAGAGAUAUGGGUAAUGAAAGAGUAUAAUGUGAAAGAAUCUUGGGUUGAAGAAUAUAGCAUUGGAAGUUACAUGCCAAAAGGGUUGAAGCAAAAUCUUGGAAGGCCAUUUUUAAAGAUUUGGAAAAACUUAUGGAAGGGAAGAGUUGUUAGUGUUUUAGGAGUUUUAAAGAAUGGAGAGGUUUUGUUGGAGUAUAAAAGUCGAAUUCUUGUUUCUUAUGACCCAAAUCUUGGAAAAUUUAAGGAUCUUUCAUUACAAGGAAUACCGCAAUUGUUUCAAACAAUUGUUCAUGUUGGAAGCUUCAAUUGGAUUGAUAGUCCUAUCGAUCGAUCGAUUGAUACAUAGAAGAAGGAGAAGAAAAAGAAGAUGUUCAUGUUAGUGAGUUGAUUCUUAUACUUCAAAUCA